UCCCCUGUUGCUUCUCAACAGUCGCGGGGAUACACCGUCAAGUGGAGUAUCGUAAACGGCAAGGAACACGCGCGCGGGCGCACGCACACAGCCAUAUGUUCGCGUUGAAACACUUAUUGAGAGUAGUACUCGAGACGAAUAAGAACGAAAAAAAAACUGUCUCGAGUUCAAUAGCUUGAUCCGUCGAGUGUAGCAAGUUCUCACGAACUUUUCGAAUAAAUAAUUAUUUUUACUGGUUUUUUGUAAAAUUAUAUCUCGGUGCAACAAUAUUUACGGGAGUGUCGAUAAGGCGCGAGUGUCAAAUAUAUAUUUAUUUCUUUUUUCGUCGUCUCGACGCAUUGCCUUUCAAGGUCCUUCAAGACUCGACAAGUUCUCAUCCCCGAAAGUCAAAUUAUCGACGUUACUUUUCAUUGAAUCUUUGCCGACGUUAUUUCACCCGCUCGUGAUAAAAAUACGAGGAUUAAAACGCCGAAAACAAGUUCUCAAGUAUUGUGUUAUAUCGGUAUAAUUAUGUCGCGAACCGGUGAGAGACAGAGCUACGCACAGACGUACAAACUCGUCGUAGUGGGUGGCGGUGGUGUUGGUAAAUCCGCUAUCACGAUUCAAUUUAUACAGAGCUACUUCGUGACCGACUAUGAUCCAACGAUCGAAGACUCGUACACGAAGCAAUGCGUCAUCGACGACGUACCAGCAAAGCUCGACAUACUCGACACCGCUGGACAAGAAGAAUUCAGCGCGAUGCGAGAACAGUACAUGCGAAGCGGCGAAGGCUUCCUUCUUGUGUUCGCAGUCACCGAUCACUCCUCAUUCGACGAAAUGAUGAAGUUUCACAAACAAAUAUUGAGGGUCAAAGACCGUGACGAGUUCCCCAUGCUCAUGGUCGGGAACAAAGCCGAUUUGGACCAUCAACGGGCGGUGUCCAUGGACGAGGGCCAGAAUCUCGCAAGACAACUGAAAAUUCCAUACAUCGAGUGUAGCGCGAAACUUCGUAUGAACGUUGACCAGGCGUUUCACGAGCUCGUGCGAAUUGUGAGAAAGUUUCAAUUGUCCGAGAGACCACCAUUGAAGCAGAAUUACAAGAAGAACAAGAAGAAAUGUUGCAUGCUGUAAAUUUGCGUGGGAAAAGGAGAGAGAAAGAGUGAGAGGGAAAGAAAGCGAGGGAGGAAAACCGACCGAAAAAGGGAGAUUCGAAAAGCGUGAAAGAAACCGAGUGGCUAUGGCAUUUCGAAAGAACACAGCCGGUCAAAAGUCAAAAACAAUCGAGAGUUAGGAUCAGACUUCGAAACGAUGAAAAAUCGGUUUUUUUCAAGGGGUGGAAAAAUUACAAGAUGACAAUCGGGUUUACGGGCUUCAAUGCAUGAACAAACGCCUUCUUUUCUCGACCUUCGAAAACACGAAUAAAAAUUCAAUCUCUGUAAAGAUUGGAAUUUUCGGACUCUCAAAAUCCGGGUGCAUUUUCCGGACGCACGACAUUGCGAAAUAUCGCUCGAUCGUUUAUGAAAUAUUCGAACAGUUUUGUUCGAAUUCGGAACUAUUUUUUAUACACCAUAUUUAUACGAAGGUAGUGUUGAAAAUUGUACGACUUCUCGUGCAUUGACCGAAGCUCUUCGUUGAAUUUUAUUUCUUUCACUUUGUUUUGUUACGGCCGAAUAUUUGUGAGAAUCGCAGACGAAAAGAUCAAUUGGGGUUAACCAACGAUUUUUCAAAACAAAAAAUCCAAAAAGCAAAACGUGAAUGGCGAAUAAUAAACUCUCUCAAACUUUCUAAUCAUUUAUUUUAUUAUCUGCAGACUUAAAAUUGUGAUAAAGUAAAUGCCACUGGGCUGCUUGAACAGCGAAUCAAAAGUACAAAAUUUUCGCACAAAUAUUGCUGGACCAAUAACUUCCUGUUUCUUGUAGAUUGAGUACAAAAACGUUAUCAUUUUUUGUCUUGUCUAUUCGCCGUUUACUGGAUUCUUAAGAUAUUUGGUAAUAUCGUCUUCAAACGAAUAUUAUAGCUUAAAAUUUUUUAACUUUACAACAAUUAUUAAUGUUUUUUUGCAUUUUUAAAACCGAGCAAAAAACAGAAUCUUUCAAGUCUGCAUGGAUGUAUGCAAUUUUCAGAGAUUUUAAGUAUCUCGUCGAUUGAACGAAAAAUAAUCAAAGCUGCCAACAGCCAAUGUGCAAUACAUUAAAGUAACAUUUAUAUACGAAUGAUAACAUUUAAUAUAACGAGGAAAAAAUCACGAUUCGAUCGACCAAGCGCGAUCGUCCAACCGCAUUCAAUUUUCCAUCUCCGAUCUUCGAUAUUCUCGACUUUCGAUCCAUUCAAAUUGAACGACCGUUAGGAAAUUAAUGCGUAAAGUUUGUAAAUAUUUAUAAUUAAUAGUCGACAUUGAACAGUUUUAAUCGCUCUUUUAAUACGUAGAAUAUUUAUUAUUAUUAACAUGAAAUUAGGCUCGAUAACGUAGAAACUAAUAAGAAGGAAAUGUACCGAGGCAUUCUUUUGCCCCGAGAAAAAGUAGCAGCGUCAAUCGAAGGAACUUUUCAUCAGUGGAGUGUGUGAACAAGUUUAUCUUCCGUUUUCGACCUUUUGGGUAAUAAUUGACUUAGUUAAAGCCGUUCUCAAAAACACGAUCAAAUACGACAUGUGAUAAUUUACGAUCGUUCUGAAAAUCCAAACAAAACGGAGUCGCCGAAAAAUUGGUUAUUUUCUUUUUCAAUUUACAGUCUUUCUACGAACGAAGACCAGUGAAAUAUAAUAAGAAUUUUUAACUUUGCGAUUCAACGACUGUAUUUUUCCUGUCGCGACCCAGUUGAGUCAAAUCAGUGCUAAAUUUUUGGAGCUGUUUCUACAAAUUGUCCUGCAUUAAUCGACGAUAAUAGAGAAUGGAUGCCACUGCCAGAAAUCUCGGUAGAAUCGAAGGAAAUUAGAAUCACGGAAUCUGUAGCCACGAGGGCGAAACAGCGAUCGAUUUUUUGUUGUGAAAUAUUAGCAAAUCUCUUGUGAUAUGAGUGAAGCUUUUCAUUUUUCACUCCUGCCAGGGGCAGUGGCAUUCAUUCUCUGUUAUCGUCGAUUAAUGCAGGACAAUUUGUAGAAACGGUUCUAAAAACUUGGCACUGAUUUGACUCAACUGGAUCGCAAAUAAAAAAAUACAAUUGUUCAUUUGUUUGAAUUGAGACUUUUCCAUUUCUAGACAAUUUAAUCAAACAUUAUUAUUUUCUAUUGAAUUUAAGUGAAAUUCUUAACGUUUAUUAUUUCACGAGAUUUAUCUCGCGUGAAAUUCAUCUCGUUAAUAUUAAUCUUCGUCAUUUUGGGCCUUGAGAGAAUAUUUCGAGUAAAAAAACAAUAAUAUUAAGUACAAAAUGUGUUCGAACAUACGAGGGCGUUAUUAAGCAAAAAAAACGAAUAAUCGACCAAUAAUUCGUUAUUUUUACGAUCUUUUAACAAGGCCUUUCCCCGCCCCCUUAUUUAUACGAAACUGUUGCUAAUAUAAAAAAAAAAAAAAAAAAAUCAACAAAAACAACAACGAAAUCAAAAUAAUUAUUUAAUAAACGUACGAUAAACAAA